AUUGGUUCUUGGCGUGUUUAUGAACUAUGACGGGUUUUUCAGUUAACAAUCUUGAACCAUCACGAAUGUUCUCCCUUUUGAUGAUACAUUAUUUUAUUAAUAAUGGUAGAAUUUAUUGAUGCAGUGUAAGGAAGGAUCUUGGGCCGUACUACCUAAAUUUCCAAAUGAAAUCUGUAGAUGUUUCGGUUAAAUCCACUGCUGAACCAUUGCUUCCACCGAAUUUGGCUGGAUUUGUGUGUGGUGGCAUUUCUGGAACAGUUUCUCGAACAGUUACAGCACCUAUGGAUCGUUUAAAAGUCCUCAGGCAAAUGGAAAUUCCAGAAAUCGUAGGUAAAAACAUGGUUUCAAGCUUGCGUAUAAUGAUCAAAGAAGGUGGCAUUCUGUCAUUAUGGCGAGGUAAUGGGGUGAAUAUUUUAAAAAACUGUCCUGAAAGUGCUAUUCGCUUUGGUCUUCACGGGUGGCUUAAGUCAGUAAUUUUUCCUAAUGUGAAAGGACCACUACCUCCAGAAGAUCGUUUGUUGGUAGCUAGUUUGUCUGGUGCCACAUCGUUAACAAUAACUUAUCCAGUUGAGAUUUUAAAAACUCGAAUGGCUCUGCGUAGGUCACAUGAAGCCAAUUCCAUAUUUUCUGUAAUCCGAAAACUACAUAAUGAGGGUGGUUUCCGAGGAUUUUAUCGAGGCUACAAAAUCAGUAUGAUGAGUUACGUGCCAUAUUCUGGAAUGGAGUUAUGCCUUUAUGAGAUGCUUAAACAGCGUUAUGUAGAGUAUCAUUAUUUCCUCCAGCCUAACACAGAUCGUACAAUGAAGGUUCAUAUGCCAGCUAUGGUAACUGUUCCAUUGAUUUUAAUAUCUUGUUGUAUUCCAAUGAUGAUUACUUAUCCAGCCAAUUUACUUCGUACUCGAUAUCAAGCAUCACCAUCUCCGUCUGCUGCUCCUAUUAUCAAAUCUUUGUGUUCCAUUGUACAGAAGAAUGGGUUUAAAGGACUUUAUCGUGGGUUAAGUGCUAGUUUGUCAAAAACUGUUCCAUCUGUUUGUGUUACUUAUCUUGUUUUCGAAUUUACCUCUGAAUUGUUUGGUGUUCCUGGACUUGGUUGUAAGUAACAAAUUCGUAAAAUUUGGUGCUCAAUUUCUAGAGAAAUCAAUUAGAUGAAUUUAUCGUACAUCCAUAAAUUUGUAUCUUGAGUUUUUCUUACACAAGGAAAUUUUUCAGUUGCAUUUGAUUUCUUUUCCUUCGAUCAACUAAAAUUUAGGACUGAUUCAUCUUGUUUUCGGUCAUGAUGUUGACAUAUUGAAAUGUCUUUCAGUAAGUCUUAAUCUAUUUUAGUCAAUGAAUACCGAUAAACGAUUAUUGUGCUUUAGCUGUAGUUUUUUGGAGUAUAGUUAAGCCGAUGUAUAUCAGGAGUAGUGUGAUUCUUUCUCCCCUUUCUUCAUUUUUUCUACACCCUUUACUCCCAAAUCUGUUUUUAGUUGUAUAUUAAUGAAUUCGCGGUAGUUACCAAUCAUUCUUAUUCUCGUGUGUCGCUAUUCACCGCAGAUGUUUCUUUCAUUUUUCUGAUAGCCUGUCGGUUUUUCUUCUCCUUUGUCACUUAAAGUGAACCAGUUGCCUCUGGUUACAUAAUUUUCCCUUCUUUUUCAGGUUUUUGUGUUUGUGUUGUCUAUCCAUUUAGUGGAUAUAAAAUGAUCAGUAUUUUUAUCAAACAUUGUAUCAGUAAAAAAAUUGUAUUUAGUUUUCUUUUCAAGAUUUUUACAACAAUAUUCAUGUUAGUAAUCAUAAAAAUACUUCUAUGUAUAUUGUUUGAAGCAAAUGUGUAAAUAAAAUAACUACUUAGAUAUCUAAAAUUCAGCGCUAAUUUUCCAUGAUCUUCAUAUUAAUCGGGCAAUACAUUCAACUUUGGAUGCAAUAUUGUCAAUAAAUUGAUAUGUCACUUCCAACUUCUCUAGCUCUUUAGGUCAUAACUUUUUCUUAUAACUUCUUGAAAUGCAUCUCAAAACUAGUUAACAUGCACUUGUUAUCAAGUAACUUUAGUUUGUACUAUCAAUUACUUCCAACAAUACAAAACUACCUUACUUGAUGAGAUAAUUUCAGUCCAUAAUGGUUGUUAAUAACAAGAAUAAUAAGUGACAAACAGUGUUUCUCCCCUUCUAAAUUCAAAUUGUUGCUUCAGGAUUGGCCCGCAUCAACACCUGAACUAAGGAUAGGAAAUGAAGUAGUCGAACGCGUCGACACCACUUAUUUUGGAAGUUUGAUCAGCUCUAAUGGGUUGGUGUCUGACGAAAUCUCUUCACGGAUUCAAAAAGCUCGUUUGGCUUUUACCAACUUACGUCACCUAUGGCGAAGACAAGAUAUCCGCCUAUCAAUUAAGGAACGAGUAUAUUGCGCAGCAGUCCGUUCUGUUUUACUUUACGGUUGUGAAAUGCGGCCAUUAAGGGUAGAAGAUACUCGCAAGUGACUGGUAUCUGGUCACAGAUGUUGCUCACAUUUGCUGGGAUCACCGGGUACGGUAAGUAAUAGUGAGGUUAGACGAAGGGUACCAGGGACUGCUGGUAAAUCGUUCGAUUAGGUUGUGGAUCCUCAUCGACUAAGAUGGUUGGGUCAUGUAUUACGUACGCCUGAACACCGAUUACCACGACGUGCAAUGCUAACUAGUGUUGGAGACGGGUGGAAGAAAGUUAGGGGCGGCCAAACUAAAACGUGGCAUCAGCUCUUGAAGUCACUAACCUCUGAUCUGAGCCAUGUUGGUAAAUGCAGACUAUUUGGUUGGGGUCCGCGCGACUAUUGUAACCAGUCGUUGGAAACUCUAGGUGACAUAGCUCAGAAUUUAUCACAAUGGUGUCGGUGUAUACACUCUUUGUCUUCCCUUAAACCAUGAGAUUAAAAUUACUUUAUUUCUACGAACUAAUUCUUUCUUCCUGCAUUAUAUCCUUAUACAAAAUCUUUCUUUUAUACAUUACUACCAUUGAAGUAACUACUUUAUGAAUUUGGUGUUCAUCUUGUUGUGCUAAUGAGGUAUGGCAACCUGGACUGAUGCAUAUAUGUGCCUCGUCCUAUGUUGUAGAUGAAUGACUGACUGAUACACUGCAACUAUCCAAUUCCUUUAGUUAGCGAAAAAGAUCUUUGUGUAUAAGAAAAGUAAAAGCUGGAAAAGUGAAAUUUCGGUAAUGAUUCCUAGAAAAUACAUUCUGAGCGAGAGUAAAGAUUAGUUGGAAGAAUGUCUCAGAGUAUUUCUGUGAGAUUCUAUUCACUAGAUGAGAUAAUAUACUCACAAUUUAAAAGUACAAACAUUAUUAUAAUAAUAAAUAUUUUUGUGAUAUGUAAAUGAGUAGAAAAUUGUAUUUCUGACGUUUCUUGACUUAAUGUAAAUCAUGGAACGUCAGAAAUACAAUUUUCUACUCAUUGAGAUACCACAAUAUAUUUACUAUUUUACUUCCAACCCAGUGCUCAAUUUAUUUGAAGCUGUCAAGUCCUACCUUGCCAUUAAUAUCUAUUAGUUAUUACGACAAUCAGUUAAGUUUAUUUAAAACAGUAUCUAUAAACAACUGCCUUCAAAAAAUAAUUGGUCUGUAUUACUAAUUGUUAGUAUUUUCAUUAGAAUAACUCAUUGCCUUUGAUAAACAUAGUAUUAGCUAGUAGAUUCAAGUUUCAACCGGUAUGUGUUGGGAAUGUUAAAUCCAUAAGUAUAGCAUUGCAAAGAAAAUACAUAUUGAAGUAAAGUGGUUCCCAUUCGCUAAUUAAUCCUAUAUGAAUCUCCUUCCUUGAUUUCCAG